AUGGCGGGCCCAGCACUUGCCGGCCGGCCUUGCCUGCGCUGCAAAAACCCAGAUGCGCCGUAUGAGCUGCGAAACGUCGCGGCAUGCCAACUCACCGUCCUGCAGCGCGAGACCAGGACGUCGUCACGGCCCGAGCCGCGGCGGUACGUCGCCGGCCUCUCCUUUGGCCCCAGCUCAACCGUCCUCACCCAGAUCCUGGACAAGCAAGCCAAGUACCACGCCUCGAGAAAGGGAUCCUCGCCAUUCGAGCCCCUUGUCGUCCACAUCGACACAGAUCUCUCCAACAGCAGCAGCUCCGCCGCCGACGCCCCUGCGCAGAGGCUCCUGGCAAAGUACCGCGAGAGAUUUCCCAAUGUCUCGUUUGAGUGCGUCCAUCUGAGCAAGGUCCUCGCGCUCAAGACGAUUGACUGGACGGCGCUGCCGAUUGCUGCUUCUGCCGCCGCUGGUGAAAACGACACUGAACGGCUGCGGCACUUUUUCGAUGCGUUGCCGUCGGUCACGUCCCGCGCAGACUGUCUCCGGCUCUUCAUCCGCCACCUGUUGCUCGGCGUGGCCAUGGAGAGGUCCUACUCUGCGUUGCUGCUCGGCCACAGCACCACUGCGCUGGCGAGCCUGACGCUGUCCGAGGUUGCCAACGGACGAGGCUUCGCGGUGCCCUGGCAGAUCAACGACGGGGCCUUUACCGUCUGUACGUAUGGGGGGAGGAGCGCAGACGGGGAUGGUGCUGGUGCACAGGACCAGGACGACGGCAAGGUCCAGUUUCCCGUAUAUUAUCCCCUGCGAGAGAUUCUCAAGGCCGAAGUCGUUACGUAUCUCGGCACCACGCCGUCGGUCCGGGAUCUGGUCCCUGCGGAUAAUUCGUCGUCGAGCAGCGUCGUCUCCCACAAGGACCAGAGCAUUGAGGAGGUCAUGGCGCGGUAUUUCGAGGGCGUGGAGGGGCCCUACUCGGGUAUCGUGACGAAUGUCGUUCGCACCGCGGGGAAGCUGGACCGGCUGGUGAGUUCAAGGUAUUGUCGCUUAUGCGGCAUCACGCUGGACGAGGAGGGCGAUUCGACCUGGGCGGGCGAGUUGGGGGACGAUCCUGCAGAGGGCGCUGGGGGUUCGGACGCGGGAAAGCUGUGUUAUGGAUGUAAGCGCUCACUGGGGGGAUAG